AAAGGUUAUAGACAACGAAAAAAAACAUCACUGUCGAUGUUCGUUCACACCUGAGCAGUCCCGAUGAAGCUAUGGGAUAGCGGACUUUCUCUUCUUUCAAAUUGGCAUGGUGAUUUUGAAGUAGAUAUUACAAAUUGCUUUUUAACAGGUGGACGAAGAACUGCGACAGACGUUGAAGGAAAAUGACUGUGCGAUGUCCACCAUUUUGGAACCCUCUUCCAAUGUAACAGGAUGACAUUCCAAGAUGGAGGUUGUUAUGACUAAAGGUGAGAUUAACUUCCACAAAGCUGCCAGAGAAAAUGAUCUUGAAUCUGUCCGAAAAUUAUUGUCCGAACAUCGAGUCAACGUCAAUUGCAAGAACAAUUUAGACCGCACAGCCUUGCAUUGGGCGGCUGCCAAUGGCAACAUAGAGGUCAUAGCGAAACUCGUGGAAGAUGGAGCAGAUUUAGAAUCAAAAGACAAGUACGGUAUGCGACCUGCGCUCUGGGCAGCCUGGUUCGGACAUCUGGAUGCCAUUAAGGUGCUAAUCACGGGAGGUGCUACUCCAUUAUGUACAAAUAAGCAAGGAAUGGGGAUUUUGCAUUGCGCUGCACAAAACAAUCAUAUUGCUGUGAUGAACUUUAUAUUUGAAUCACUGGAAAAUAUCAACGUCAACGAAGGAGAAAUGACUGGAAGAACUCCUCUUCAUCUGGCGGCGGAGGCAGGCCAUAUUGAAGCAGUGAUGCGGCUGAUAGACAUGCGCUGUGAUGCAGAUAGGAGAGAUAAGGAUGGGAAAACAGCUUUGCAUUUAGCUGCAGAAGCUGGGAAGAAUGAGGUCAUCAAGAAGUUAUUAAACCUUGGGAUAGAAGUCAGCGACAGAGAUGCGGAAGGUAGGACAGCCAUGCAUAUCGCCGCAGAGGAAGGGCACAUGAAGGUUAUGGAAGCCCUGUUCGACUUUGAAGCAAAAGCAGAUACGGAAACUAUAAAAGAAAUGAGUCCAUUGCAUUUUGCUACUAUGAGAGGACACAGCGACAUUGUUAACAAGCUGAUUGACCGCGGGGCUCAGGUCGACGCUGUAAACUUUCAGGGAAAUACACCCCUACAUUUAGCCGCUUUGAACAAUCAACCUGAGGUUACCAGAAUUCUUAUCAAGAAAACGUGCCAAGUCAACAUUCAAAACUAUAGACAACAAACAGCUCUUCAUAUUGCAGUAGAGUCUGGCUACCAAGAAAUUGUGGAGGUUUUACUAGGAGCCAAUGCCAGUCUUGACUUCCGAGAAAAGCUCGGGAAGACGCCUUUACAGCUCGCCGCCAGGGGGAGCUUUGUUGCUAUUGUUGAUAUGAUCAUCAAAGCUGAUAGAUAUUACGAAGUUACAAGGGACUACCAUGAAAAGGAACUGGACGACCUUGACCCACAUUUAUACCUCCGACAGCCUCGCCAUCCGUCAGCAGGACAAAUGAAGGAUAUUCUUUGGAAGCUGGCCACCAAACAAUUAAAAUGUGGAGACUGGAAAAAGUUAGCUCUCUAUUGGAAGUUCACAGCGGAACAUGUUAGAUCCAUAGAACAUCAGUAUACAGGGACACACAGCUACAAAGAGCACGGCUUCCGUUUGUUGAUGAUAUGGUUGCAUGGAGUACGCAAAGACGAGAACGUCAUGAGGCUUUUGUUCGAGGCACUCUCUGCCAUCGAUAAGAGAAGUCUAGCAGAGCAAAUAAGACGGCGAGCAGAUUUUCGGAGGGAAAAAUUUUGUAUGAAUGCUUUAUGUUCCAUAGUGUGAUAUAUGUUGAACUUGCUAUGUGAGAGGUUUUAAAAAACGUGAAACUUGUCAACUGAAAACGAAAUUGGUGCUAUGAGAAAUUGACGAAUUUAUUUAAUUUAUAUCUCUGUGAAUGAGAUAAGUGUUUUAUAUUCUUGUGUCAUCUAAAUAGGACGUGUUCACAAUCUACGAUAUUUAAUAAUAAUACUGUUUUUAUACUCAAGUCUGGUUUUUUUUUUACACAAUAAAACUUUUAAUAUUUUA